AUGGCAGAUACCACUUCCCACGUGCCGACAGAGACCUCUGGGUCCACGGCGGCGAGCCGCAAGCUCACCAGGAAGCCCACUCACUUCUCCGUUGUGGAUGCAGUCCGAAUUGAUGCCGAAACUCUGCGGAGCAGACGCGCGCAUUGGAUCGCGGAAACGCCAGCAAAACUGGAUUGCCGAUCUCGGGCUGCCGUGGUGGUGGACUCUGGCUGGUGGGAGAUAGUGGUCACACUUGCGAUUUGCUGCGACUUGGGUCUGACGAUUGCCAGCUUCCUGCUUUCUGCCGAAGAAGCCGACUCUUUCGAGCUUUUUCUUGCAGGCGGCGGCGUGCUGAUAUUUCUCCUCCUGGAUGUAGCUCUUCGCAUUGUGAAAGAUCGGCUUGCAUUUUUCCUGGUGGCGUUGAACUGGAUUGAGUUCGUGGUGGCCAUGGCCGGACUUGUCACAGUCCUGAUUGAGGUAGAAGAGCGGCUUUCGGCGGGCUCCACAGGGCCCAAGCAACCUGGAGCUUCUCUGGGACGGACGAUUCGACCGGUGCUGCGAGUGUUCCGAGUCUUUCGGGGGUUCUUCACCUUCUUCGCCUCCAGAGGUGGCAUCCAGGGCCGUAUCAACAAGGGCGUGGACAAGCUGUUCGACCACUUAGUGAGGAAGCAACUGGUAGAAUUCCUACUCAUGCCGUCGGACAACAUGACCAUCCAGCCCUCUCAAGGAAUCUUGCACUUGGAGAAGGCACAAAUUAGAUCUUCGAGGCUGACCAACAUGCAUAUGCCGCUGCUCCUCUUAGCGGGCAUCUUUGACAUGGUGCACUUUGAGCUCAAACUUGGCAAGUUAAAGGUCGGUGCCCACCGCCUCAUGAUUUUUAUGCAAAACGUCAUCCUGGUCCUUGGCCCGGGCCGCAGCGAGGAGCGGUCUGCAGACUGGAACUACGCAGAUGUGAAGGAGGCAAAAACCAAAACCAUCCGCUUAGCCGCCAAGCUUCUGGAGGGCUUUGCAAAGCCGCGGAAGCCCAACGGCGAGGCGAAGGAGGGAGCGGCAGCCUCCGUGCGCCGGGAGAAACAGGCGGGCUCUAGCUGGGUACGACGGAAGAUGGCAAAGUUGCUGAGGGACAUCCUCAACAACGGAAUGCAGAUUGCCAUUCACGACUUUGAGAUCCGGUACGAGGAUGAGAGCUCCGGCAUUUGUGGGCCUCAUCGCAUUGUAGGCGGCUUUGUGGUGGACUCCUUGCAGCUCCGAGCUGUCAGCGAGUCCCAUGGCCAUGGUGACGAUACGCAUCGCUUCCGAGCCAAAGGUGCUUGGCGGCCCGGCCUGGGCCAGAACGAAGAAGACGAAGUCCAGCACAAUUCCUUUUCGUGGAACAUGAAAACCUUCAGCAGUGCCCUUCUGUCGAGCAGAACGGCAAUGUCGAAUAUGUCUCAUCGCCUGUUCGACUUCAGUCAUGGAGUGCACGGAGGUCUCCACGGUCAUGGGAUCAAGGUCUUCUGGGAUAUGUUUCCGGUGGACGUAAGCGAAGCCUCCAGCAGCGACAUGCCGGCGGAAAGUGGUACUAGAGCCACCUCUCAAUUCCGGCUGCGCUUGAAGGAGGAGAGUGGCUACAACAUCAGUGACUUCUUGAAGACCCGCAAGGGCUUGCGAAUGUGGGAGGGGCUGCGCUACGGCAUUUGCUCUGUGGUCAUGCAGAAAUUGCUAGACGAACGGCGAGGAGCGGAAGGCGUGCACCUCUCUGCCCACCGCCUCAGAGAGAAGUCGAGGAGACUGCGGGACAUCAUUGGCCAGCACAAGUACUUGGUGGAGCCUUUCCACUUCACCGUGCACUUUGUGUUUCGUCCUGUCAAGGGCACUGGAGCGCACCCGCAGCUUGACGUGGACCUCAAAAUCCAGGAGCUAUCCACUCUGCUUGACAUGACGCAGUUGAGGGGCCUUUGUGCGAUUCUUGGCUAUGUUCAGACGUGGAUGCGGCAAGACACGCUGUUCCAAUGGAAGCCGCCUCCUGCUGCUUACAGGCAGGUUUCUGACACCGGGGGCGUCGGCCUGAACAGGGGAAGGAUGCUGUGGGCAUAUGCAUUAAGACUUGUGCUGUUCAGCAUCCACCCCAAGUACUUCUGGACCUCCCUGGCCUGGAUCCACAUGCGGCGCAAUGCAUGUAUGCGCCAAGCACUUUUCGAAGCCCUUGCCGCAAGGAACGUCGACCAGGAGCGCGUGGAGGUGUUGCAGGUAAGCCUUCCUUUGUUGGAAUGCUUGGCCGUGCGGAAGGAAUUCUUGAUCUAUCAAGCCACCAGGUUCCGGGCGUGCAACACUGCAAUGCGUCACAGGUCACAUUUUGCUUGGAUGUCCCAGACUCGCCUAAACAGGCAUGACAUAUCUGGUGUGGCAGCCUGUGUCCAAUUGCCAUUUGCGGAGACUUGUGCAGUACACUUUAGUCGUCGGUCAUUUUUGUUCUUUCGCAGCAGGAAAAGAGAAGAGUCCUACUUUGUGAGAAAGAUGCUUGCCAGCAUGUAG